AACAGAGUACUUCUCUCGCUGUGAAGUAAGACGCUGUGUCAGACGGGUUCCUGUACUGGAUCACGGAUCUGCUUCGGAUGGUGUUCCUGGUGUUCCUGGUGUGCGCCGAGGCCGGGAACCCGAUGGAGGUCCGGGUGGAACUGGGUCACAAUGCCACACUGAACUGCUCACUGAAACAGUCAAGCAUCUACUGGUACAUGGAGGUACACAGUCAGUGCAGAGCCCUCAUCACACGUACUUUUAGUAAUAAAACUAAUAACAGUUACUUUGUUUAUACUACUUUUAUAAGCAAAUAUAUCGCGGUGGGAAACAGUCUUACGAUUGUGAACGUCACAGCAGAGGACUGCCGGCUGUAUUUCUGUGCCAGAAAACAAAAUGACAGCUUUAUAUUUGAAGAUACUUUCCACCUCGUCUCAG